AUGGCGUCCAUCAACUCCUACUACUCCUUGGUGUUGGUGGUGAUUGCACUGGCCUCGGCGCCGUUGGCCGCCGUGGCCGGCGACGCCGACAUCCUCAGCGACUUCAUCGUGCCGACUUCGAUGAUCGGCAUGCCACCAAUGAACAUCACCGGCGACUUCUUCACCUACACCGGCUUCAGCGCCGCCAUGAACAUGACCAUGCCGAAGCCGAUGCCCGGGACGCAGAACUUCACGGUGACCAAGGCAACCAUGAUGGAAUUCCCUGCGCUCAACGGGCAAAGCGUGGCCUACGCCAUGCUCAAGUUACCCUCCGAAUCCGUGAACCCACCACACACCCAUCCCCGCGCCGCCGAGCUGCUGCUCGUCCUUGACGGCGCGCUCUCCGUCGGCUUCGUCGACACGGCCGGCAAGCUCUACAUGCAGGACCUGGCCGCCGGUGACAUGUUCGUGUUCCCCAAGGGCCUGGUGCACUACCAGUCCAACCCGGGGCGAAGUCCCGCCGUCGCGCUCUCCGCUUUCGGCAGCUCCGCUCCCGGCACCGUGUCCGUGCCCGUCACCGUGUUCGGCACCGGCGUCGAUGACGCCGUGCUUGCCAAGUCGUUCAAGACCGACCUGCCCACUGUGCAGAAGCUCAAGGCGGCGCUCACUCCACCGCCCAAGAAGUGA